GGCCCGGCCGCGGGAGGUUGAAGCGCUGAGGGGAGCGGGGGACGGAAGGGCGGUUCCGCCGCGUUCUUUCCCCUUUCUCCCCGGUCCUUUGGGGUUUGUGCUCCCCCAGGGGCCUCCCUUCGCUCCUCAGCCCUGCGGGUCGGUGCUGUGGCUGUGUUUUUGGGGUAUAGCACCUCAGAACGAGCUCCACAGGUCUGUGGCCGUGCUUAUGGAUUCCCCAGGGUUCAUCUUGCUUCUCUGCGGGUGGAAAACUAGCAGGGCAAAAGCUUGAGUGUUAAUUGUAUUGUGUUAAUAGAGCCUUUUGUUGUUGAGACAGUAAAAGGAGUGAGUGCCUUUAUAUAACGUAGCUAUUAGCAGGAAAACAGAGGACAGUUACAGACGUACCCAAAGUGCAAAAGUCAAAGACAGCUAUUCAUUUCGAGAUGGAAGAGUCAGUGCUGGCUAAAUUGCCAUCUUUGUGCAGUACUCCAAAGGAUUCUGGGGCACCACCUGCCCAGGGGACCAGUUCAGGGAAACAGGAGUCAGAAGUCACCGAGAUGCUGCUUGCUGGAGGGCUAGAGACAGGCACCUUCUACCUGUAGCUAGGAGGCUGUGCAGCAAAUGAGUGCAGCUCUGAGGGAACGAUUAAGGAAAACAAGACGUUCAUUUAAUGCCAAUUUUACAGUGGCAAAGCGGCUCAAAAUAGACACAGAAGAAAAAGACACUGCUGGUGCUGCCACUGAGUGCUUGCCAGAGACAAGGGCAGACUGUUCCAGGUUACAAGAUGGUUCUGAAAGCCUGGAAGGAAAUGGCACUGGACAUACAUGUUUCAAAAGUCCCUCACAGGAGAGUGAUCCCUGUGGAUCAGCAGAGAAUUCAGAUGUGCUGCAAGUUGAUGUUGGUCAGCAAGAGUCCCUUGAAGAGAAAGUAAAGCUGGAGAAACAAGUGCAGGAGAAGGAAGAGCUGCUGCGUAGGCUCAAAAUGGUGAAGAUGUACAGAUCCAAGAACAACCUGUGUGAGCUGCAGGCUUUGAUAGUGAAGUGGAGGAGCAGCACCCAGCUGAUGCUGUAUGAGCUGCAGUCGGCCUUUUCUGCAGAUGGCAAGAAAGUGAGUCUCACUCAGCUCAUCGACACCUUUGGGUUAGAAGACCAGUUACUGCACUACAGCAGAACAGAAGAAGAUUUUGUAGAUGCAUAAUCUACAGCUGCAGAGCUUUCUUUGCACAGACACAAAAGCAGAAAAGAUUAAAUAAAUUCUGAUUGUGUCAGAAGUGUUGGUCAGACAAUGGACUUUAUGCUUUGAGGUUAGGAGGUUUUCUCCAGAGAUACAUGUAAAGCUGUGUGCAUACAUACAGUAGGCACUGUAAAAGGCAUUACUUAAUGGAAAAAAAUCAAACUGGUGAUGUUUUGGAGAAUCUGGCUUAAUGACUUGGUCAGUGAAUUUUUAUUUAAUAAAGUCAUAAUUUAACAGGUAGAAAGAAGUAAUUUUUUUUAUUAGUCUCUGCAUGGUUACUUGUAUUGAAAUAACUCAAAUUGUCAAUUCUGUUGAUGUUCAGCUGGGGAAGAGUGCAGUUUGUUUACAGAUACACCCAUUUUACACGUCUUCCUGGUGCUAAUGACAGCAUUUUGUGAGUUAAGUGAAGAUAACUGAUUUUCAUGAUGGUAAUAUUCCAGAGCUGAGAUAAAGCUAGUGAAAACAUCUUAACUCCUACUGAGGAAAAUGUGUCAUAAUGCAGUUGCUUUCAGGUUCUGGUCCAGACAGUCUCUGCAGAGCUGCUGUCUCAUAAGCAUUCUGCCACAGCCUGAGGUAAUAGAAGGGAAGGCAAGAAAAUUGAAACCAGCUUUCUAUUCUACUACAUCUAGAGCCAAGGUGUUUCCUCUCUUCAAAUAAAUAAGAAAAACAAGGCCUUGUUUAAUGGGAUUGCUUCAAAUACAGCAUCGUAAAGCUGAAUAAAUCUUUACAAUUCCAUUUAUUCUCCAACAAAUGCCUUUUUUGAAAGUUGUUUUUAUUUAACUUGAAAUUGCUUAUUUUUUCAUCAUGGUACCUUUUGUUUUUUAUUUUCCCUAAAAUCACUGCUUCUCAAGUGUAGCAAUACAUAAAUCUUAAUGACUAUACAACUCUCCCUGCUAGGAAUCUUGUUUUCUUAUUGGUUAUACCCUGCCUUUUUUGUUUGCAGGUGCUAUAUCCUGUUACCUUAAUAAGGGAGUAAUUUCUUAGCUCAAGAGAAAGAAAAUCAAAGAUCAUACAGAGCCUUUUAACCAUUGGUCAGGCUCAUUAGACUUCAGCCUGUACUUACAAUUUGCUCUUAAGAAU